AGCGCCCACCAAUAAAGUUCACGGCAAUUCCCCCAAUUCUAUCAGCUUGCCAGACCAAGCAAAACGAGCGAGAGAAAAAAAAUCCGGCGCUGCUUAGCUGUGAUACUCCUCGGAGCGGAGGCGUAGCCAUGGAGCGAGCGGAUCAGGCGGCGGCGGCGGCGGCGGCCGAUGGCAACGGCGUGCGGACGGCGCCGUCGACUGCGCCGUCGGCGCGUGUGUCGAUCUUGGAGUCGGUGCGCGCGUGCGGGCUGUGGGGGAAGGAGGUGGAGAAGGCCGAGCUGCGGAGACAGGUCGUCAUGCCGCUCUACCUGCGCCGCGCUGUGGCGGCGGCCGUGAAGGCGAAGGAUGAGGCCGCCGGCGUGGCGGCGGCUUCGGCGGCGGAUGGGGAGGCUGACGGGGAUGGGGAGAAGGAGGAGGGGGCGGUGGUGGCGCCUGUGGUGGUGUUCGUGAACUCGAAGAGCGGCGGGCGGCACGGGCCCGAGUUCAAGGUGCGGCUCCACGAGCUCAUCAGCGAGGAGCAGGUCUUCGAUCUUUCUGGUGUGAAGCCUUCUGAUUUUGUUCACUAUGGUUUAAGUUGUUUGGAGAGGUUAGCUGACCAAGGUGAUAACUGUGCGAAAGCCGCUCGUGAAAAAAUGAGGAUUGUGGUUGCUGGGGGUGAUGGCACAGUUGGUUGGGUGCUUGGAUGUCUCUCAGAUCUUUAUAAGAUGAAAAGGGAACCAGUUCCACCCACAGGAAUCAUUCCACUUGGUACAGGAAAUGACCUUGCGAGAUCAUUUGGAUGGGGAGGCUCUUUUCCCUUUGGUUGGCGCUCAGCUGUAAAGCGUUAUCUCCGCAAGGCUGCCACUGCUCCCACCUGCCGCCUUGACAGUUGGCAAACUGUAAUUCAGAUGCCAGAAGGAGAAAUACAAGAGUUGCCAUAUGCACUUAAGAAAGUGGAACCUGCAGAUCGGUUGGAGAUCAGCCAGGAGAACAGAACUGAGUUACCUGAAAAGGCUUCUUGCUAUAAAGGAGUAUUCUACAACUACCUUAGCAUCGGGAUGGAUGCUCAGGUUGCAUAUGGCUUCCACCAUCUUCGUGAUGAAAAGCCAUAUCUUGCGCAGGGACCAGUUGCAAAUAAGUUUAUUUAUUCUGGAUAUAGCUGUACUCAGGGGUGGUUCUGUACACCUUGUACAUCAAGUCCUCAGCUAAGGGGGCUUAAGAACAUUUUACGGCUUUACAUUAAAAAGGUCAAUUGUUCUGAGUGGGAGCAAGUUCAAAUGCCUUCAAGUGUUAGAUCCCUAGUUGUUUUAAAUCUGUACAACUAUGGCAGUGGAAGACAUCCAUGGGGUGAUCUUAAACCUGGAUAUCUUGAAAAGAGAGGUUUUCUUGAAGCUCAUUCAGAUGAUGGUUUGCUAGAAAUAUUUGGUCUGAAAGAAGGUUGGCAUGCCUCAUUUGUUAUGGCUGAGCUUAUAAAAGCAAAGCACAUUGCCCAGGCUGCAGCUAUCAAGUUCGAAAUGAGGGGUGGCCAGUGGAAUCGAGCAUAUGUUCAAAUGGAUGGAGAGCCAUGGAAACAAUCACUUGUUCAGGACCAGUCAACCAUUCUGGAAAUAAACAAAGUUCCUUAUCAUUCUCUAAUGAUAAAUGGAGAGCAAUAAUAUUCUCUUAUGUUAACCAGGGUUGUAUUCUUAGACCGUUAGAUUGUGUACAGUUGAGGAGCAGCAAGUAUUAGAUUCUUAGACCUGGGUCGACUGCAGCGAGCAUGCAUGUUCAUGUAUUGGUCAAGUCAUGGCCGGAGCAUGAUAUGGCACCAAGUUCUUUUGAAGGAAAAAAACAAGCUUAAGUUAUUUGCAGUGUAACUUUGUGUGUCAAUGCAAAAGAAUGACCUUGUGAAACACACCAUCCAAACUGUAAAAUUUGACGGUUUGCCGUU